UGGUUUCUGACCAUUGCAGGCUGUGUACGCACACACAAGGGUUCUUGCAAUGCCUUCCAAGCGCAAAGAUUAUGGAUUAGGCGGGGUAUCUACGCGGAAAAAGCCCCGGAAAAAUCCCGAGGACAGCGAGAGCGACGAAGGAUAUGUUUUGAGCUCGGACGAUUCGGGCGAAUACAGCGUCAACUACACAGAGAACGGAACGAAACGUGCCGAUAGUGAGGCCCGACGUGCAUGGAGUUACGUCUGCGAGAUCGCCGGAUGCGGUCAACGCUUCAAUCGACCGUGCCGUCUGGAAGCACAUAUGCGAAGCCAUACCAAGCAACGACCCUAUGUAUGCCCUCAUGAUGGCUGCGAUAAGGACUUUCCUCGGAAGGACCACCUCCAGCGGCAUCUCAAGAAUGCCCAUGCUGAGCCGGAUCGCGACUUUGCUUGCGACUGGCCGGGAUGUACGAAGACAUUUACUUCAAAUGGUCGCCUGCAACGGCACAGAGACGUGCAUGAUUCCAAAUUUUACUGCACUGGAUUUCCACCCUGUAAUGAAGCAUUCAGGAAGGAGAAGACAUUGGACGCACACAUCAAGUCCCAGCAUCUCGAAAUAAAGCCGUUUCCGUGUACAUACGUCGACCCUGAGUCGGGUGAACGCUGUACGCAUGGAUACCAGACUGAGGGGAGUUUGCGCAAACAUAUAAUCAAGGCUCAUGAAAAAGUCGAACAUGUGCAUUUCUGUAUGAUUUGUAUACCGCCAGGGACCGAGUACGAUACCAUCCAAAACGAGGGGGGCGAAGUUAUCUCGAUACCUAAGCAGCCUCUGUCGUUUGCUACCCAGGACGAACUUGCAGCUCAUUCGCAAGAAUUUCACAAACCCACUUGCAGAUUCUGUGGCUCCAAGUUCAAAGACCAAAGCAACCUCAAAAGCCAUAUACAGACGGUCCACGCCGACCCAGCCAGCCAAACCCGAUAUCAAUGUCCACGAGACGGCUGCGAAAGUGCCUUUAAUAGAAAACACAACCUGACUGUUCAUAUCCAGACAGUACAUGACCAUCAGUUCAGAUAUACAUGCACCGCGGAAGCUAUGCAAACUUCUAAACACCCAGACUUGCAAGGCUGGGAUGGCAAGAAUGCGUGCGGUGCUCCUUUCAAAGCCAAAUCUUCACUAGACCAACACAUACGCACGCAUCAUCUCGGUCUACAGAACCGCAAAGAAAUGCGCAAGAUGGCGAAGCCCCGAAAGAAGAAGCCACAACCAGGCAUACUUACGCAACUCACGGGUGAAGGCUAUGACGAGGGCCGAGACGUACCUUGCCUCAAGCAGCCUUGCGAAUACCGCUUUUACAACGACCGUGAUCUUCGGCGUCACUUGCGCUCCCCACUGCACAAGCUCUCAGACUCCCAGAUUGAUGAGCUAAUUCUCGAGCGCGACGCCGCAACCGGAGGACAAUUUUGGAUCGGCGGUUUGGACCACCCAUUCCAUGAUUCCGGUCUGCUAUCCUAUCCCGACUCGACGGAUCCAAGCGUACCCCAGACACCUUUGCAUGCUUUCCCAGGAGAUCACAUGAGUGCCAUGAAUUACAGCAACAAUCUGGCGCCAGAGCACAACUUCAACGUGUUCGACCCGCAAAUGGAGGUCGACAUGCCCAUGUUUCCGGGUGAAGAUGUCCAUGAUGAUGAUACUGCCGCCGAAAUGGAUAAGAUGAUGGGACUGACAAAUCUACCUCCUGCGGUAGAAGCUGCUGAUGGCUUACAUUGGGACAUGCAAAUGCUGACCCCUGUGCGUCAGUACACGUAUCAGGACAUGCAAGGUUGA